UGGCCAAUCAGGAGCCGUCUCCCGUACAUGCAGUGGCUGAGCGCACCAGGUCCCGGCAGUCGCAGUUGCUGCAGAGAGUACGGUGAAUGCGAUUUGUGUGCGAGAGCUGUUUUCAGGUGUAACAUCCCUGGAAUCUCUGUGGACAGAAUGUUGAUACCGCACCUCCUCCUUCUGUGUGCCAUACACUUCUUCAUCAUACUUAAAAGCAGAACAUUUGCCAAGAAUGUCAAUUUCCAUAAUGUGAGACCACCCUUAGACCCGACACCAUUUCCCAACAGUUUCAAGUGUUUUACAUGUGAGAAAUCGAGCGAUAAUUAUAACUGCAACCGUUGGGCCGAAGAUAAGUGGUGUCCAUCAAAUACACAUUACUGUAAAACAGUACAUCACUUCACAAGCCAUGGCAAAAGUAAAUCCGUCACCAAAAAAUGUGCCACGCAAGAGGAAUGUCGUAAUGUGGGAUGUCGCCACCAUCGAGACACUGGCUAUACGGAAUGCAGUGCCUGCUGUGAUGGAAUGAUCUGCAAUGUGGACCUGCCCACCAAUAACACAAAUGCUGUACUCAAUGUCGUCAGAUCUCAUCGAAAGUCAAAUGCACACAGGGUGACGGCCCUCCUACCUGCUGUAGCAGCCGCCAUGUUUAUUCUGGUCAUCCUCUAGCAUCCCUGGCUGUGUCUUUCAUUAGUGACUCCUGUAUAUCAGAGUAAAGACACCUGUUCCGUUCUGUGGAUAUUCUGGAGAAUCUCAGAUGAAGGGUUUUUCCACUGUAAUUUAUUUCAAGCACAGUAAAAUCUGGCUGUUGGUAGAAAGCUGGUAGGAAAUUAACAGACAGCAGGUAAAUUGCUGGACAAAACCUUCCUGUAAAAUGCACCAUUGAUGGGGAGGUUAAUGAUUUCCAUGUUAUUAUGGGAACAUGCUGAAUUUUGCUCUCCGGGUUGUGACCCAGGAGACAUGGACAGUCAGCUUUGUUAUGUUGUUUUUGUGGCUACUGAGCCAUCUAAUUGCCGUGAACCAUGAAGAAACCUGCCUGCACUAAGUGAUGUCACAUUUCAGGCAGGAACAGAGGAAGACACAGGAAAGGAACGGGGCUGGUAUAAAUUUUGUUUCUAUUUGGAUUAACUCCCUUAACUCCGCCCACUUCCCUGCAUCGGUAAUGAGAGCUCCCACGGGGGUCUGGGCCAAGGGAAUUGGAAGCUUCAUCAAUACAUAUAUUUUAAAUACAUUUGGUAAAAUUUUAUGUAAUUUACUUUCCGCUACAAAUUUUUACAAUUGAUUCUAUUUAUUGUUUUGCUAUAAUACAGUAUAUUAGGUGGUAUCUCCCUUAUGAAACAGGCCCAGUAUUACAUUUGUGCAUGACCAAAUUAACAUGAGCUGCCAUGGUAAUAUAGUUACCAUUCCAAUGCCGUUUACCGUAAGGACAUUUCAAGGUGCAGUUGAUUAGAUUGCCUUAUUGUAUUUAAACCCAAUGUUAUCAGUCCCCAGAUUAUUAGCCAAUCAGAUCUUUGGAAUGUGCAGUCAAUCCCAGUAACUCAGAGCCUAGACUUAAGCGUUCUGAGUUAAAUAAACCAAGUCCAUUUAUUGGCAUAUUUUGACAUUUUGCAUUGGAAACAUCACAUUUUAUAAAAUAGUAUGAAAUAAACAUGGUACUACGUUAUUAAAGCUGUAAAAACAAUUAAAAGUCAAUGAGUAAUUGAUUAAUUACAUGUAUCCAUCAUUAAGAUUAAUUUUCUCAAAAUUGACUCUCAUGGACAUCUCCCGAUGCACUGUGACUCUAAACCCUCCAUUUAACUAAGUGCAAAACCCAAGAACACAGUGCAGUGUUUGAGGCUCCAGUCAUAUUGAUGGGAGAUGAGGUCAAAUGCACCUCUAUGUGACGCAAAGUUCAUAUAUUCACCAUUAUUUAAAGCAGGGGUGGUGAACCUCAGGCCCGUGGGCCUUAUAAGGCCCGCAAAGCCACUUGAUCCGGCCCUCCCAGGCUCACCUAACCAAGGGAGAUGCCGGGCGCCCACUGAGAUUUUGUUACUAGCGGGCGCCUGGCUUCUUUCCCUCAGCAGCAGCCGGAGGCAGGAGCUCACUCCUGAGCUCCAGCUUCCAGCUCUGGCAGUGUGCGUGUGUGCCUGUGCGGUGCUAUGGGAGAGAUGUCAUGAUGUCUCUCCCAUAGUUCUGAGGAGCGGGCAGCCAGGCAGAGGGCAAGGGUCCGGAAGCAGGAGCGUGGCUGGUGAGUAUUGUGUUUUUUUCUUUCUUUUAAUGUGUGUGUGUAAGCGGUGCUACUAGGGGUCAUAUCUAAUGGGGGCAUAUCUACUGGGGGCAGGCUGAUUUUUAAGUUGAUAAUUUUUGCAUGGCCCCCGAAGGAUUUUAUAAAUAUUCAAAUGGCCCUUGGUAGAAAAAAGGUUCCCCACCCCUGAUUUAAAGUCUGAUUAUGUUCUUGUUGGACAUCUAACAAGGUUAAAAAUCAGUUGCCACACUGGAAGUUGUGAGAAGGUUCUACAUGAUGUUUAGGGGGAAAUAUGUCAAACCUUGGUGAGAGAUAAAGUAGAGACAUGAAAAGUACCAACCAAUUAGCUUCUGUCAUUUUUCAAAUACAGCCUGUAACAUGACUGUUAAGAGCUGAUUGGCUGGUACUUUAUCUCUCUCCACUUUAUCUCUUUCCAAGAUUUGAUACAUCUCCACCUUAAUAAUACUUCUUCACAGUGAAACCUUCAGCCCAUAUGAGAUUUCUUUGACCCUUCAGUCCUGAUAAGCAAUUACAAUUAAAUUUUUUUGCUUUUAUAUCACAUGCCCGAUAUUGCAAAUAUAUUAGGAUCUUCCCAACAGUCUAAAAGUUUAGUUAUGUUACCCCCAAAACCAGACUCCAAAUCGUAACAUUAUUAUGCCCUGUAUAUUUUUAUUGCUAUCUGUUUUCUGCAUACAGUUUGUGUAAUCUACUAUAGCUCGAUGAACUGACCUUAGCACAUUACUGCUGCAACCAUGGUAAGAAUAAGACUUCCUCCUUGCUACCACGGUAACCAGCACAUGACCUGUGCAUAGUAGAAAGGUUGUGUCUAUAGGGCCCCAUACACUAGGACAAUAAUGCCCGAUUUCAUUUGAUUUCGGGCAUUCGGCCCGAUAUAUCGGAUGAAAUCGGGCAUUUUGGAGGUGUAACCGAUCCGAUGCGCGUUCCCGUGAGCAUCGGAAUGGAUCCUCCAGAUUGAAUGUGCUGCACAUUCAAUCACGUCCUACCCCGCAGGCAUAGCUGGGAUCGCCCAAGAUACAUCGUAUGCAAAAGGACAGCAUAUGAUGUAUCUUGGGCGAGCCUGCCCCCCGUAAAGGCUGCCCUGGUGAUCGCCAGCAACAUGUCAUACGGACAUGUCACGUUAGUGUAUGGGGCCCUUAUGUUCCCUUCGUGAUCAGGACCAGGAAGUGACAUAACGAAAGGGCAGUAGAUAACUUCCGCCCUUACAGCACCUAAAUGUUUUCUAUGUUCGUUUGAGGCACAAACAGAAGAAAAACAGCUUCUAUAGAAACUGCACAAACUAUGCACUUCAUAAACCCAAAAUGUGAGUUUAAAAAUUGCAUUGCUGAACACAGUCAAUGGCUGGUAUCCAAUUAGCCAUGGUAAUUAAUGAAUCCCCCGGGGGCUAUCCAAUUAGCCCAGAUAGCCGGAACUUAUCGGGGAUUAUGUUUCGCAUGCGUCAGGCACACAAAUAAAAUCCCAGAUAAUUAGCCCAUCAAGCCUCGUUGUUUUGUGAAACACAUGGGUCCGGUAACUUCUUCCGCAUCCCAUGUGUUUUCACCCAAAAACUGGACAUUUUUCAGUCCAAAAAAUGGGCUAUAAUUGGAUAGCCCGAUAAUAAUCAUCGGGCUAAAAUUGAGAUAAUAGCCUGUUUUUUUCAUUUAAAAAUAAUAGUGCUGGUAAUUGGAUACUCCCAGUCAAUUUGUCCACAAGACAGUGUGAUUUUUCUUUCCUUGAUUUAAAUCAAUCUUAUAGAUUGAUGUUACCAUUAUAUGAUGUUAAGGUGUAUGCCUUUUUGGUAAUGCAUGUACAAUGAAAUUGUAAUUGUGUUUUUAUAUUUCAAGCAGAAAUCACCAGUGUAAUAACCUCAGUUUUGUGUUGCAAUGCGACAUUUCUGCCUUUUGGAUUUAUUUUUUUGUAGUUUAAUUUUGUUACUGUUUUUUUGUAUAAUAUUUAUAAUAAAAUUCCAAACUGCUUUUGUGCA